UAUCUUCUCAUUCACCACUGUCCCCAAACCUAGCCACCAACCUAUAAAUACCCAUCUCGCGUCUUCCUCCUUCACACAGCACAACACCAACACCUAUCAGGAAGCUACCUAGGCAGUCCUUCAUCAUGGCGUCGACCAAGAAUCACCAGCGACCCCCGUUCAGGGCUGAGCACAUGGGAUCGCUUCUUCGCCCGAAGAAGCUGUCUGAGAAGCGCGUGGCCCUUGACGGAAAGCCAGCCCUGGACAUUAUCCAGGACAAGGAGCUGAAAGGCCUCGAGGACGAGGCCAUCAAUGACAUUGUCAAGGUCCAGCUCGACCUGGGGUAUCACGGUCUCACGGAUGGCGAGUACCGUCGUCAUCAAUUCUGGGGGACUUUCUUCCCUGGCCUGGAGGGCUUUGAAGAAAUUAUGGAUCCCCCAAUGGACAUGUUCCGACUCUACGUGCCGGACCUGGCCGCUUUCACUGAGGCCGGACACAAGCCCGGAGAGUCGAUUGUUUGCACUGGCAAGAUCAAGCACAAGGGCAGCACGUAUACCAACGAGUGGAACUAUCUCAAGAACCUCCUCCCGGCUGACCGGGUUAAGGAGGCCAAGUUGACUCUGCCGGCGCCGGAGUGGUAUCAUCUUCGUUACCAGUCCGGUAGGGCCUACGUCAAGGGUGUAUAUGCGAACGACGCCGAGUACUUUGCCGAUGUUGCCAAGGCGUACCGCACUGAGCUCCAGAUCCUGUACGACGCCGGCUGCCGCAACGUCACAAUCGAUGACCCCAACCUUGCCUACUUCUGCUCGGAGAAGAUGCUCGAGGGCUUCCGCGACGCCGGCGAAGACGCCGACGCCCUGCUGGACAGCUACGUGGCGCUGUACAACGACUGCCUGUCCGCUCGGCCCGCGGACUUGCACGUGGGCCUCCACCUGUGCCGGGGCAACUUCGCGUACAGCCGGCAUUUCAGCGAGGGCGGCUACGACCGGGUGGCGGAGAAGCUGUUCCGCGAGAUCAACGUGGACACGUACUUCCUCGAGUACGACACGGAGCGGGCCGGCGGCUUCGAGCCGCUCGAGCAGCUGCCGGCGCACAAGAACGUCGUCGUCGGCGUCAUCACCAGCAAGUUCCCCGAGCUCGAGGACCUCGGCGAGAUGCGCGAGCGCGUGUUCCAGGCGGCCGACUUUGUGGCCAAGGGAGCCGGCCAGACCAGGGAGCAGGCCCUGCAGAGGAUGGGCGUCAGCCCCCAGUGCGGCUUCGCGAGCCACCACCUCGGCAACUCGGUCACGAGGGAGGACAUGAUCGCCAAGCUGAAGCUGGUGAGGCAGCUCGCCGACUCGAUCUGGCCCGGUGAGCCAUGAGCACUGGCGGAUAAUAGGGAGACUUGAAAUUGUGAGCGCGCUUUGUUUGUUCUCUCUCUCUCUUGUCUUCUUUUCCUUCGCGGGGGCAAGUAAAAUCAGGUGGUUGGGCGUAACCCGAGGCGUUUAUUGCCCUGAGAUCAACUCUCACGGGCUGGGGAAGAAAUAGGCGCAGACAAGCAGGCACAAAAUCAAGGGGAUCUUUCUUCUUAUUCGAUUUCUUCAUGCCUCGUAUAUGUGAAGUACAGGCCGCCUUUAAGAACCCUACCGGUACCGCCCUGCAGUAGUUUCCCCUUCCCGUUCAACCAGCUCCGUAAAUAUCGAUGUUAAACCUUGGGGUUCAUUUUCGUGGCUUCGCCCAGCCACCCCAUCUGCCG